CUCGUGUCCAUAGGUCGUCGACUAACACGACUCUUCUCAAACAAACAACCUGCACCGGCACCUACGCCCUCGUCCAACACAUCGUCCGCCGGCCGGCCCACCGCACCGCUCAAUCUCCUUUGUCCGCCCCCUUCACGCCGGGCCCAGCACAUUCACGAGCCUCGACGGCGGAUCUGGGCGACGUCUGCACCACCACGACCAGCUUCCGCCCCUCCAGCUUCCGCCGCGAGCUCCAGGAUGAACAGCAUCAGCACCCUCCCACCGCCUCCUCACCUUCUCGCCAACAACCGCCUGUCGCCCUCGCGAGACUUCAACAUGUCUGCCUCCCGGAAGCGCAAAGCUUCCGAGGAGCCCGACCACGACCGCAUGUCCACAUCGCCCACCAUCACCGGUCGGCAACUACCACCUCCACGCAGCAAGCGCACCCGCACAGGCGCUGCCCAAGGACGGCCACUCGCUCUACCUCGACUGCUAGAGACUCUCUCCGCAGACCAAAUGCGCCAACUCUUGCAAAACAUCUGCGACCAGCACCCAGAGCUUCAACAAGAGAUUGUGACCAAAGCUCCACGGCCUUCAGUCGAGUCUACACUGCAGGUCCUCAGCAAAUACGAAAACACAUUCCAGCAAGCGUUCCCGCUCGGCAACAGACCGACCUCAGACUACUCAUACAACCGCGUACGAACACAGCUACGAGAACUGAUCGAGGCUGUACGUGAGUACACUCCACAUUUCCUUCCGCCACAGGAGACAGCAGAUAGCAUAUCACUGCAAUAUCUCGACUCCGUCACCAAUAUGAUUCACCGAUUACCCGACUGGGAUACCUUUCAGCACCAGCGACACAAAAACGAAGCAUAUGACGAAAUUGCAAAGGCGUGGGCAUUGGUAAUCAAAGAAGCUGCGAAGCGAGCCGGCGGCUUCCACUUGCAAUUCGGAGGCUGGGAUCACAAGAUAGUGGAACACAACCAAAAGAGUGGCGGGAAGAUGGCGGAAGCAGUGAAUGAGGUCAACAUAGCUCUGGGCUUCAUGCAGCCAGCUUCCUCGUCGUCCUCACAGCAACCUCCUGGCGUCAGUGAAGAGCGUGCGAGUAUUCGCCAGCAGCUAUUCUCUGGCACUUACGGCGGCCAUCAACUUGGAAUCGGACAGCAUGGCUGGUAAAAGAUGAAAGAAAGAAGGGAGAGAGAAGUUUCAUUUGUAGAUGACCCGCCACUGUGCAUUUCUUUGCAGCGUUUUUCAGCAUCGAUUAUGGGAGGAAGAAGCAUUUGCGGGCGCUUGGAAUUUGAGAAGAUGGCGCAUGGUCAAUGCUCGGAGCUUGAUGACCUUUUUUUUCCUGCGCGCUCUGGGACAUGCUGGAGUUGCAAGGCAGGUGGCUGUUUCAAGUGCAAUAUUCUGUUUACUAGACACGGCCGAUACAACACACACGAGACGAGUGCGCAUUUGGUGAGGCGAAAGGAGAAGAACAUUGCCAUGAUCGUUUCAGAGAUCAAACUGUGAGAGAAGGCAGCAGCAGAAGCGAAGCUGUCCACCAUGAGUGACUUUCAUGUCAAUUCAGGAAGGGGAUGAGAGAGAAAGAGAAAUCAAAGCAGUUGACUAUCACUAUCGCAUGUUGUGCAGAUUUUACUUUCUCAUGCCUUUUGUUCAAGAACACCAUUCUCUCUGGUUUGUAUCGCUUUCCCAUGCCUCCCUAUCAGCCCGCCUCUAUAAUGCCGACUGCACUGCCCCAGAGAACACGCUGCUCUCGGAGAGGAGAGUAGCAAGUCUGUGUCGUGACGGCCGCGUACAGGAGACAUGUGAUCACAAGCGUGUAGUAGCUCCCACCU